GCUACUUGGCUACUAGAGCAUUAUGAGACAAGAGUGACGGCUACCUAUUUCUAUAUUUGAAGCAAUACUUCGCGAUAACCGAUCGUAUUGGUCACCCAGCUGAUGCAGUCUAGACACACAUAUAGUGAGAUACUAUCAAGAGGCAUUGCCUAGGGAUCAAGUUCGUAUAAUAAGGUGUUGAUAGGAGCACGUAGCAGCAGUCGGAUGCUCUGAAUGCGACGAGAUGUGGAGUGCUAGAAGGAGUAGAUGCAUCAAUGAUCAAACAGCUGCAAUGGGGCUAUCUCAGGUGCAGGUUUGUUAUGGUUUGUUUUGGAUGUAUCAAGCAGUUUUGGCAGGUCAGAUAGGAAGAAUUGAGAUCGGAAGUUAGUAAUUUGAUUGCAUGCUCUAGCCUGGAUAUUGCAGACUAUGAGCAAUCAUGUUGGCAAUGGAGGUUGUCAGUCUCACUUUGCAUGAUUAUAAAGCCGACUCUCUGACCGAAGAGCAAGUUUCUGAGUACAAGGAGGCCUUCUCCCUCUUUGACAAGGAUGGCGAUGGCCAGAUCACCACCAAGGAGCUCGGCACUGUGAUGCGCUCCCUCGGCCAGAACCCCUCCGAGUCUGAGCUUCAGGACAUGAUCAACGAGGUUGACGCUGACAACAACGGAACGAUCGACUUCCCCGAAUUCCUUACCAUGAUGGCUCGUAAGAUGAAGGACACCGACUCCGAGGAGGAAAUCCGCGAGGCUUUCAAGGUCUUCGACCGCGACAACAAUGGUUUCAUCUCCGCCGCGGAGUUGCGCCACGUCAUGACCUCCAUUGGCGAGAAGCUCACUGACGACGAAGUCGAUGAGAUGAUCCGUGAGGCUGACCAGGAUGGUGAUGGCCGCAUCGACUACAACGAGUUCGUCCAGCUCAUGAUGCAAAAAUAAACGGCUCUUCAUGUUCUAUUUGUCUUGUGUUAGCGGAAAGGGUGGGGAACAAUGAAAUCUACUCCACAAUGUCCCAUCUUUUAUCCCAUCCCGUCUCUUGUAGUCUCAUUAUUUGGCUAUGACCCUUAUUCAUCUUGAUGAUCGAGCGCUUCGCAUUAUCACUGUUGGUUCUAAUGUUGCAGGAAUGGUAGAGGCGACCAUAGGUCUAGACUGGUUUGAGCGAGCUGGGAUUGAAUAUGUCAGACAGGGAGGGCUCUGUCUUUGCUGGGAGUUCCUGCGUGAUGUGGCCCGCAAGGGUUAUUUGUUCCUCUUUAUACCCGCUUACCCCUUUCACCAUUGUCCAUAGUCCCGUGUCGUGAUUCGUUCCUUUGCCCGUCUGACAACUCGUAGUGGCUCGAUUGCAUCGGAUAAUAACCAUUUUGAUAUUCU